UUAUAUCUGAUUAUAAUUAUAUAUUACUUUUUAGUCAGGACUGACUGAGCAAAGUAGAAAAAGCGAAGUUACUCUUCAGGCCGCAGAGAUGGCAGUUUUGUCUUUUGUUCGUCAACAUACACCACCAGGCAAAUGUCCAUUGGCUGGGAAUUCCAUUCAUGCAGAUAAAAAAUUUCUCGAAAAAUUCAUGCCUGAAUUUAUGAAGCAUUUACACUAUCGGAUCGUUGAUGUUAGUACAAUCAAAGAAUUGUGCAGACGAUGGUAUCCUGAAGAGUAUAAGGAAGGUUUAAGAAAAAAGGCUACACAUCGGGCUCUGGAAGAUAUUAUUGAAAGUAUUAGUGAACUGAAAUAUUAUAAGAAAUCCAUCUUUAAGUAAAGAGUUAAAUUCAUCUGUCAAAUUUACCAUAUAUCAUAAAUUUGUAUAUUAAAUAAGCCCAGAAUUAGCAUCAGUGAGCUCAUACCUGUCAACCAAGAUCACCAAUCUGGCAAACAUUCAAUUUAAAAUUUUCAUUUAUCUUAUUAUCGUAGUCAUGCUAUAUGAACUAUUCACCUCUGCAAGACAAAGCUAAAUUUCACAUAAUUUAAAAAACUGUUGCUUUUAAUCAUGCAAGAAAACAUGAGUUAUAAUUUUCUUAGACAAACCAAUAUUAUGUACUUGUAUACUGAUCAUUAUCAAAAAUAAUUAGAAAUUUACAUAUAGUAAUCCUCCAGUCAUUUGGCUCUCAUUCUUUUAAACCAGUUUUCAACUAUAAAUGGCACCAUUUGCACUUAGUAUGGUAUACAUUUCAAAUGUGAUUAUUAUUUUACAACAUAGAAUAAAUAUUAUUGCAAACUUUAAUUAUUGUUUCAUUAUUUCCUUUGCAAUCAGGAUUUUCAGUUACAAACAAAAAAUAUUUUUUGAAGUACACUUCAAUAUAAAUUUUAAAUAAUAGUUUUAUAAGUUUUAAAAAAUUUUUUAAUUUAAAUCCAAGGUCUGCAUUGUACUUUUAUUUUAUUUAUUGUUCUCAUGAAUUAUGAUAGCAACACAAAAUGAUUUAAAUAUAAAAUUUUAGUACAUAUUAUUUUUAAUAGGACUUCAUGACAUUGCCUUUCUCAGAAGCCAAUACAACAAAACAUAACACAAGAAAAAAACAGAAAAUAAAACAUUAAAAAA